AUGCAUAGCAUUUGGUAUAUAACACUUUAUCCUUUAUCCUUUGAUGAUCUCUCAAUUGUACAGAACACUUCUGCACGUAGCUCUCAUAGCAGACUUUCUUAUAAUGAUUUAUCAGUACGUAUGCAUUCGCAAGAUUCUUUUAUUAAGUUGUCAAAAUUUGAGUAUGAAGAAAUGGCCGGUAUUUUACAAUCACAAUUCAGCCCUGUUGACAAGAGGAUUAAAUGA